CAGCAGCAGAUAUGGACGAGCUGGUGAAACGCUGUACUGCGUUGCGUUUGAUUCUGCGUUUAUUCCACUAAUCUUUAACGAGCUGUACACAUCACAGGUGCCGCGGACAGGAUUAUUCGCGCAUUUCAUUUAAACGCACGUAAUUUGUCGCUUACAACCAUAGGAUCUCGAGCCAGCAGAAUGGCAGGCGCGGUGGGUGGCGGUAGGGGCUGCGUGACGCUCCUCGGCGCUCAGAUCCGGGACCUGCUGGACGCGAAGCACAACGUGCUGUUCGAUUGCGACGGCGUCAUCUGGAACGGCGAGACGGCCGUGACCGGAGCUCCGGAGGUGGUGAGUCUGCUCAAGCAACGAGGCAAACGGGUGUUCUUCGUCACUAAUAACUGCACCAGGCCCCGGGAGAACUACGUGCAGAAGUUCAGCCGACUGGGCUUCACGGAUGUGGCCGAGGAGGAGAUCUUCAGCUCGGCGUACUGCUCCGCCGCGUACCUGCGGGAUGUUGCCCGGCUGCAGGGGAAGGUGUAUGUGAUCGGGUGUAGCGGGGUGAUGAAGGAGCUCCAGGACGCUGGGGUGUCCGUCGUGGAGGAGAAUGGAGAGGAGGAGCCGGGAACCAGCAUCUAUAACUGCCCCCUGGAUCCGGAUGUGAAAGCUGUGUUGGUGGGGUACGAUGAGAAUUUUACCUUCAUGAAACUAGCCAAAGCCUGCUGCUAUCUGAGAAACUCUGAGUGCCUGUUUCUGGCCACUGACCCCGACCCUUGGCACCCACUGAGAGGAGGCAGAGUCACUCCAGGUUCUGGGAGUCUCACCGCAGCUUUGGAAACCGCCAGUAACCGGAAGGCGACGGUGAUCGGGAAGCCCAGCCGUUUCAUGUUUGAGUGCAUAGCGAGUCAGUUCGACCUCGACCCCGAUCGCUCGCUGAUGGUCGGCGACCGUUUAGAGACGGACAUCCUCUUUGGCAGCAACUGUGGUCUUUCCACCAUGCUCACCCUCACGGGUGUCUCAACCCUGGAGGAAGCACAGAAAUAUAAAGACAGCGAGUCGCCGGAGCAGAAAGACUGUGUACCGGAUUACGUGGUGGAAUCCAUCGCAGAUUUCCUGCCCGCUUUGGAGGAAUAGUCUUCGGUUCUCUGCUCACAGUUCAACCUGAAACACAAACAGACGUUCAUUGCUGUAUUUCCAGUUCCAAUCCCAAUGCUGUGUUUUAAAGGAAUAAUUCAAAAAUCGAAAUUCUGUCAUCAUUUACCACACUCGAAAAAUUUACUUUAACUGUGCGGCUAUGGCUCAGUUGGUAGAGCGAGUCGGCCGCUAAUUGCAGGGUUGGUGGUUCGAUUCCCGGCCCACAUGACUCCACAUGCCGAAGUGUCCUUGGGCAAGACACUGAACCCCAAGUUGCUCCCAAUGGCAGGCUAGCACCUUGCAUGGCAGCUCUGCCGCCAUUGGUGUGUGAUUGGGUGAAUUGGGACAGUGUAAAGCGCUUUGGAAACCUCUAAGGUUAAAAAGUGCAGACCAUUUAUUCAGAAACUUCAUGCAACCAAUGGAACAUCAACAAAAAAAGUGUCUUAUCUGUGUGCUUUGGGACAACAGGAAUAUUGUUAACUGACACAGGGCAGAGGAUUUCUAGUUUCCAGCAUUGGACUCGACUUGGAGAGUAAAACGUGUUAUUUCAUGUGUCUUUUGCGCAAGAGGAAAAUAAAGGGGAGAGAGUCUUGGUAGUGUUUAAUGUUUUGUUAUGUUGUAGUUUUGGUGGGUACCAUCAUGGAGCUUGAGCCUAGUUUGAGGACCAGUACAUUUGGAGUAUUAUAGAUAUCGCUUUAUCCAUUGAGCUAUUGCUGUGCUAACCAUAGCAUAGUGACCAAAUUGCACUCUGUAGUGCUUCCCACCAGCAUGUGUUUAGCAUGCUAACAUAGCUGGCACAUCAUACAAAGUGUUUCAUUUGAGGUACUUUGACAUGUUAAAUUUGGUUGGGUUUAUUUCAAUUCAAUUAGGUUCCCUGUACUUGAAGUAUUUAAGUGGAAAGAACAUGGUAUUUUAAUUUAAUAAAACUAAUUUCAAACAUGUGGCACCAAUGCCAAUGGCUGUGUCUCGUCUGGAAGGAUGCAUCCUCCGGAGGUCACAUCUGUGGCCGCAUUCGUCAACGAGGCUGUCUCGUUUCAGAAAAGCGAGUAGGACACUUCGAAUGCAGCCUUCAAAUGCGACCUUCUUUCACGGGCAUUCGGAGGAUGCAUGAGGUGUAUCCUUCAUGGGGACUCCCAACCCACAAGUAGUACCUCAGUAGAUGGGUGCAGAGUAUAUAAUAUGUAUAUUAAUAUAUAAUUAAAAUAAAGUAUUAGACUAAAAGUAUUACAUCAUUAUAACUCUCCUAAAUGUUACCUCGUACAUUCCCUUCCCAAGGGACUUUGUUCCCUUCUCACUCAAAGCGCUUGUGCUUGUUAAAGAGUGGCGUGCUGUCAUAGCAACCAUGUUACGUUCCAUUUCCGUUCUGCCCUACGAAGGCCGUCUCGUUUAAACGAGGUUUGUUUAAAGGAGGACACUCUGUAUACUGCAGCCUUCAAAGGACGCUUCCUACCUAGCAUGCAAACGAGACACAGCCCGUGAUUGAAAGUUAAUGUUUUUUUGAGAGCACACAAAGGUACAUUUUGAAGAAUGUGCUGGCCGCUCUUUUGCAUCUAAUGAAAGUGAAUGUGGAUAUGCCGCUCCCUAGAAGCAGACUAUGCAGUCUGCGUAGGGCACCAACUCCCUAGGGGGGCAUCAGAAAAUCUACCGGCCCUUACUCGCACGUUAUACGUUAUUCAAGGACCCGAAAGCAGUUUGCUCAGAUGUUUGCUUCGCGCUCAUAUCACGUGAACCCUCCCCUUCCACCUGGAACUCUGCGUAGGGCAUCAAUUUGGCCAGCGGUGGCCCUGAUGAUAUAAAUUUUUUUGCUACAUUCCAAGUCACUCACACAAAGCUGUUGUUUGGCUUAAGCACGCUUGAAAUAUUGUGCACACGUUUGGACUAUUGUGAUACUUUGUUGUCAUUUUGGUUACGUCACAUGAUCAACUUCGUGUAACAAAUUGAGCUUUUGUGUUCCAAGAAAGUCAGACAGGUUUGGAACAACAUGAGGGUUUGUAAAUGGUGACAGAAUUUGCCCCCCCCCCCCAUAAAUAUUUUGUUCCAGGCGCGGUGAAUUUUAGCAUCACCAUGGCUUCUCACGUGUUUGUCACAAUGACAUGGAUGACGGUUUCUGUCUGCUGGUUUUGUGAAUCUGAUAUUAACUGUGUCCAGUCAUAAUGCACUGUGUCAAUUUAAAUUUGUACUUAGUAAUGGGAAAGACUAGAGUGGUAUUAUUAGUAGGGGUGAACCAAUGCCGUGACUGUCUAAUUCAGUUGUAGGAAUGGUCUGUUUUGGUGCCAAUUUGUAUUUAUUUAUGAAUUAAAAUGUACUUCAGUGUGCUUGACUUGGAUAUGGCAUUCAUAUAUUUUCCAAAAAACGUAUUCACUGAUAUUCACUUGUUUGUUGAUUGGGUUUUUAACUGCCUUUAUAAACAAAAGUGAGCUAAGUAGUUAAUGUAUUUGAGAGAUUAUUAUUUCAGAUCGGUUUAUGAUUUUGCCAGACAUCCAUGCAGAUUAAAUGCAAUCUAACGCAUAAUUUGUUUACUAGGAUCCUGAGUGAUGUGUCAUUAAUCUUUGUUUAUUAUCUUUAGAUAUUGUGUUAUCCCUGAAACAUCUUCUGAAAGAUCAUAAUAUUGAUUUGAGAGGAUGGCAAAUCUCUGUAAAUGCAUAUAAUGUAUACUGUAUGUGGUGUAAAUUCACUUUUAAAAAAAUGCUUUGUAUCUUGUGUGUUUCAUCACUGUCUGCUCAAGUUAAUAGAAUUUUUUUUUAAAACAACUUUAGUUUUUUUAAAGGAAUAUUCCGGGUUCCAGUUACAAAUCAGUCGACAGUCAUUUGUGGCAUAAUGUAGAGAACAAUAAAGGAAUCAUUUUGAUUUGUCCAUCCUUUAAAAAGAAAACAAAAUGAAAAGAAAACAAUUAUUUUGAGGGUUUAAAGACAGAAAUGUGAAGCUUAUAAUGUUCUAAAAAGCGCUUCACAUAGAAAUCGGCAAGUGUGUGCUGAUUUUACUUAAGCAGAAAUCGGUAUACGUUGACUGAAUUUGAAAACACUGCCCCCAGUGGCUAAAGAGGUAAGUGUUUCAGAUGCAUAUAAACAAGUG